UUUUCCUCCAGUUAUUCACUUUAUUUUUUAUACAUUGCAUUCAGUUACAAAAAAUGUGUUUAGAAAAAAAAUGAAAACAAUGAAAACAACUUAUGAAAUACUCUGGUUAGAGACAACUGAAUCUGAGGUUUUGUCCAAGAUGUAAAAAGUCAAACUCUUUACCUCUGACAAAACAACCAGUAGCAUAGUGGUGACAGUAUCAUACUGUAGGGUGCCUUUUUUCCCCACUGCAUGGAAAUUUAAAAAGGAAUCAAUGAGAAGUCUUAAUGAUUUAGAGGUGAGUUAUGGACUUCACUGGUUUAACAAACAAUUAGGACCUUUUACUGAAGAUGGGUUAGUACUACAAAGGAAAAUUGUAUUCCUGUAUGGUGGCAGUAUCAUGCUCUGGGAUGAUUCCUUUUCCCACAGCAUGGACAUUCAAAAAUCAUUUUUUCCAAUUUAUGCAAAUAAGGGUUGGUUAUACAUAGGAAGUACUGAUCAAGAUCAAAUCUGUCAGUUUUGGGGGGAUAAUGAAUAAACUAGGGACUGAAAAUAGGAGAAAAAGUAGCCAAAGCCCAAAGAAAGCUUUAUGAAAAACCUCCGGAAAGGCUGAAGAACUGAACAACAGUGCUUUAUGUUUCAUUAGUGGUCAUUUUAUUUAGUAGUUUCUAAUUUAACUCUUUAUGCUAAUACUUUCAGUGUAGUACGGUGGUGGCAGUAUAAUGUUUUUUUUAUGGUGUUUAACGAACAAAAUAAAACCUUCCUCUGAAAUCAGCCCUUUUGUUCAGGAAAGUAAGGGUCACUGUUGAAAGACAAUGCUUUAAAAGAAAUUUCUGAAAGCUAUAGAUCUGUUGAUCAAGACCACUUUAACAGAUUACAGAUAACAGAAAAGGUCUCGUCGAGCUUCAGGGACAAAGUAUGAAUAAAUUAGAAGUGGUUGAAACAUUGGCUCUAAGAGUUGUUUUUCCUGUAUGAAGUUCAAUCUUUCUAAAGCAUUUAGUCUAUUAGUAUAAAUAAACAUAUCUUAUUUGUAGUGCUUUUAUUGUGUAAACUGCUUGUAAAAGUUUCCAAAUUGACUCGUCCAAAGCUGCUGUCAGCAGCGUUCUUUGAGCUUCAUCUUAUCUAUUAGGUCGUCAGCCGAGCAGAACAGACUGUGUUUUUAUCUGACCCUCUCCUCUUCCUCCUCCUCCUCAGCUGAACGGAGUUUAGGCGCUGCACUCUUCUUUUGUUGUUAAACGCAGCCCUUACAGUCUGCUCCCUCCCUCCGUCUCUUUCCUUUUUUUCCACCCAUCCUCCCAUCGCUCACUCACUCCGUUUCAUCCAGGGUGACGCCAGUCCCUCUCACCCCGCCCCGUUCAACUCAGUCCGCUGCGUUCAUUUCAUUCCUGCUCCCAUUCCGCGCAUAUUUCGCAUCCUUGGAGAGACGCUGCGCAUUUUACGCACUCAGCGCGCCCCGAUCUUUCAUCAAAGCGAGGCCGAGAGCGGAGUCCGGAGUGGGCCGAGGGCUUCCCGGUUCUGCGGCGGCUCCGAUCCGUCGGGAAAGUGUGGGAAUUAAAGGAGAAAAGCGGCGUUUGGUUCGAGGUUUUGGUCCUUCUGAUGCUGGUGUUCUGCAUCGACUGGCUGACCUUUUUGUUCAUUCCUGGCUGCCAUUUAAAGAUAUCUGUACUGAGACAAUAAAAAGCCUCGAUAUUGGCUUUUUACGUUUCACUUUUACAAGUUAGUUUUCGCCAUUAAAAAAAAAAAAAAUCUAAACACCACCAUCAGCUAAGCACAGUUAGCUGCCAGGAUGGAGCGCAGUAGCUGGAGUGGCAGUGAGAGUCCAGGGGAGGACAUGGACAGACUCAGUGAUUCAGGAGGAGACAAGACUAUGGAUGGGGACCCCGAGGGGGUCUGGAGCCCAGACAUCGAGCAGAGCUUCCAAGAGGCCCUGGCCAUAUAUCCGCCCUGUGGGAGGAGGAAGAUUAUACUGUCAGAUGAAGGGAAGAUGUACGGUCGAAACGAGCUGAUAGCCAGAUACAUCAAACUCCGAACAGGCAAGACGCGGACAAGAAAACAGGUAUCCAGUCAUAUCCAGGUCUUGGCUAGAAGAAAAUCCAGGGAGUUUCAGUCCAAACUAAAGGACCAGAAUGCCAAGGAGAAAGCGCUGCAAAGCAUCUCGUCCAUGUCCUCCGCUCAGAUCGUUUCAGCCACCGCCAUACACAGCAAGCUGCUGCCUGGAAUUGUGCGGGCCAGCUUCCCUGGCAACGCACAGCUGUGGCAGGGGAUGAUUCCAGGAGGGCAGUCCAGCUCCACCACGGAAGACAUCAAGCCGUUCUCCCAGCAGGCCUACCCUGUGCAGACAACAGGGGCCACCACAAUCGCAGCCUACGAGCCUGCUGCUGCAGCCCAAACACACAGAGAGCCAGCAUGGCAAGGGCGAUCCAUCGGCACCACCAAACUACGACUGGUGGAGUUUUCAUCUUUCUUAGAGUCACAGAGGGAUCAGGAGGCAUACAACAAGCACCUGUUUGUGCACAUCAGCCAGAGCAGCCCGAGCUACAGUGACCCACUGCUGGAGUGUGUGGACAUCAGGCAAAUCUAUGACAAGUUCCCCGAGAAGAAGGGAGGCCUCAAGGAGCUUUUCAGUAAGGGGCCGCAGAAUGCAUUCUACCUGAUCAAGUUCUGGGCGGAUCUGAAUUACAGCGUACAGGACGACUCUGCAGCCUUCUACGGCGUGACCAGCCAGUACGAGAGCUCGGAGAACAUGACCAUCACCUGCUCCACCAAGGUCUGCUCUUUUGGCAAGCAGGUGGUGGAGAAGGUGGAGACGGAGUAUGCAAGGUUUGAAAACGGGCGGUUCGUCUACAGAAUCAGUCGUUCUCCCAUGUGUGAAUACAUGAUCAACUUCAUCCACAAGCUGAAACAUUUGCCUGAGAAAUACAUGAUGAACAGCGUGCUGGAAAACUUCACUAUACUGCUGGUCGUGAGCAACAGAGACACUCAGGAGACCUUGCUGUGUAUGGCUUGUGUGUUCGAAGUGUCGAACAACGACCACGGAGCACAGCACCACAUCUAUCGCCUCGUCAAGGAAUAAGACACUCCUUCUCGUUAACAAUUGCACAUCUAUGGCCUUUGCUUGGUGAUUAUUCAUGGUGACGUCAGAGGGAGAGAAAUAGAUCCCUUAAAAACUACCAAAAUUUCAGUCCACCAAAAAAAAAAAAAAAAUCAGUAAAGGAUAAAUAUGGCUGCAUUUUCACUGCCACUUUAGAAACUAGCCAUCAACAAAAGCAGUGACAAUGUAGCCAUAAAGCCCUGUGAGAAUCAACAUGGAUGGUUUUUCCCAAGAACUCCCCAACAUGAGGAGCAGUCGUCAUCCAUCCCACUAAUUAAGCUUUCUUAGCACAUCUGAAUUUUACAGCUGCAAUCAUGGGAAUAAAAGUGGGAUUCGUGUUACAAUGUUUUGGGGAAAAACAUGCCAGGGAAAAGGAGAAACCGUUUUCAUUCCAUGGUGGAGAAAAAAGCAUUAUCAGCCAAGACAUACCGAAGGUCAGACCCUGUGUAUCAUCAAUAACCUGUUGGAGAAAAGGACACUACUGCAUUAUGGUAUAGUAGAAUAUAGCUCUGGAUGUGUACAGAUAGACUCUGCAGGUUGUGCCAGUUGUGUUCUUGCACAAAUGAAGAGGUUUGACCCAAAGAAAAAGAAUGAAGUUUUUACUUUUUGUAUGUUUUCCCUUAACACAAACACACAUUUUAAACUUUGGUAUCUUGUUUAUGGAUUGUAGCAUGUAGAUUAUAUUUCAAUUCUCCUAAUUACUAUCUAAUUUCUAAAAACAUAAUGGAGGGGAAACAAGAAAUUCAGGUACCUUUUUGUGCAGCAGGUGACUUUUAAUCCAGCCCUUUAGAUUUUAGUCCAGGUCUUACUGAAUCCAGGGCAGAAAUGGUGGAUUUCUAGUAAAGACUGAGACAAAUGAUCCUAAAAUGAUCCAAGGCACUGAGAUCAUCAUUUUAAACAAACUGUUCGGAUUCCUUGGAAAAGCACUGUGAUUGUUUUUGAAACUACAUCAUUCAUAGUGUCCAGCUGUUAGACAAGCUAUUGUUUAACUCUCAUUCUAAAACAUGUUCCUUAUUUCAGUGUUUGUACCAGCAAAGUAGAGCCUUAAAUGUCUGCCUAAACCUGAGAUACUUCUCCACCCAUGUUACAACCGACCGCCCUGACUCGAAGCCUUAGAACCCCUUGCUUCAGGAUUAUGGAUCACCGAUUUCCCUUCGAUCUUUUCCCUCCCUCGUGAAUCCAAAACCAAAAAGCGCUGAUGAUGAUGUUGAUAGAGUGUACUGUAGCAGGUGUCGUCUGAUGGCUCGUCUGCGUCAUGCUCAGCAGCGUGAAGUGCCUUUAGCUGGAGACGGCAGUAGAUGUUUCUGUUCUGGUUCCAUGUUUUAGAGGAAGCUCUGUAGACAUAAAUAAACUGUAGGCUCAGUUUUCUGUUGUCUUUUAGCCAGUUAUCUACAGUCUGAUAUUUAAUGUAUUUUUUUUAAAUGACAGUCAGCACUGGAUCCUCCUUGAAAGAUCUGUUUAAUUUCACAAAGAUACCAGUGGGAUAUAUUCUUAUUCUUAUUCUUUUGGUAUUUAAUGGCGGUGUUUGCUUGUGUUUUUGUGCUUCUCAUGUGACUCUGUAAGAAAAGCUUGAAAACUUAAUGUAAUCUGGUGCCUCAUUCAACCUACAACUUUUUUGAAGAACAAUAGUUAAACGGAAGACCAAUUUUAACAUGAACCUCUACUUCAGGGCUGUCUAUUCAGUUGGAGGCAUGGGCUGAUGUAAUAAUAAUAUACUCUCAAAAGUGUACACAUCCCUGCUAAAAUACCAGGUUUUAGGGACAUAAAAAUCAAUAUUAUGAGAAAUAAUUCAAAGACAUUUUCCACAGAUAAUGUAACAAUUAUCCUGUACAAUUCAAAUAAAAAAUGAACUUAUCUGUUAGAAAGUAAAUAUAAAGCUCCAAUAACCUUGCUCCAUAAGUUUGCACACCCUUAAACUAAUACCGUGUUCAAACACUUUUGAUUCAGUUACAGCAUUCAGUCUUCUUUGGUAGGACUCAGUGUCCCACAUGUUGACUUGGAAAUAUCUGCCCACUCCACCUUGCAAAGUUCCAAUUUAUUUCUCAGCUAAGCAUUUCUAAAACAUUCAAUGCCUUCUCAUGAAGUAAGUCCUUUGUUGAUUUAGAUGUAUGAUUGCACUCACUAUGAUGCUGGCAAAUUAAGCCCAUCUUCAUCUAGCUGAGGGUUUUGGGCAAACUGAAGAAAAGCAAUCCCAGAUCAUUAUCCUGCCAACCCCAUGUUUCACUAUGAUAAAUAUGUUAUUUUUGUGAUGUUCAGGCUCAGGUUUGGUUAAAUCAUUCUCCUACAAGGCCUAGGGAAAUUCAAACUGGGUCUGGAUGUUUUCUUUGGACUAAAAAGCUUCUGCCCUGCAAUCCUACUCUGUAAUACAAACAUAUGGAGAAUGUGGGUAAUUGUUUCUGGCUUGUUAUGUUGCUGUUUCAUUGAAUUGCAAAUGACUGUUUUCACUUUGCGAUAGUACAUAUCUAAUGUGGAUAUUUUUCCAACCUUCUCCUGACUGAUACCUUUGUACAAUGAGAUCAUUUUGAUAAUUUGUCACAUCUCCACAAACUAUAGCUUUAGCUGAAGGACAGAAAUUUCAGAAAAUCCCAAAGUGACAUCUGAACUUUGUUUAUGCUUAUUCAGAUUCAACAUAACUGAAGGUCGGGGAGGAGUAAAACAGACCGAAUGCUCAAACUAAAUCCAAAGGCAGUUCACUGAAGCACACUUUAACAACCAGUUUAUUUCAGUUUUCUCUUAUUUUUUCUUGAGAUCCGUUUGUCUUUUAGUUUAUCUGUACAGGAUAAACGUCAUAUUACAGUUAGAAAAUGCCUUGUUAAUGACAAAAACUGGUUAUUUGGCAGCAAUGCUCAACUUUAUGCUCCACGCAGCUAGAAAAACCCCUGGUUACUUCCGCUCUUCCUCUGGCAUCUCAUGAAAGAUCUGAACCCUAAGAACAGUUUGAAGGGUAAUUUUAGCAGUUUUAAAACGUUGGUGUACUUUUAUAAUGGAAACCAGCCCAUGCCUAAUCAGUUCAGGUCACUUUUGAAGGUUUAAAGUCUCUAAGGCUUCUUAGUUCGGCAUAAACACUAAACUACAACAACAACCACUCCGUGUUUCAGAAAGAAAAUGUAUUACUGGGUUCUUUAUUGCAAGCAGAGGUUUAGUUUGGAUCUUAGAGCAGUUCAAAUGGAACCAUGAAGAUCUUGCAUAAUAAAGAUAAAUAGAAUAAACCCAACAUUCAAUGGCAACAGAGUGAAUCAAGUCCUAUUAAUAGGAAGAAGCUGCUCAGAGUACCAAAAUUCAUUUUUACAGGCCUAUUUCUAACAUAUUAGAAAUUGUAUUAACUUUUUUUAAAUGAAUGAACUUGUUAAAUCAAAUUCUUUUACAUUUGGUAGAUAAAUGCCUAAACCCUUGGUGACCCAUGUCAAACUGUGUCCAUAAGGGUAAAAGAUGGAGUUCUAAUAUAAAGCAAGUAAAAGUUUUUCCAUCCACACUGCUUUGAAUAAAGAAAGUUAUGAAUGUAAGUGCAGGAAUGUUUUAGCUGUUAACAUUUACUGUGCACUUAUAACACUCUUUCAUUAUAAUUUAACUGAAUUUUCAUUCACACACUUCCUGCAGGGCAGUAGUGUGUGAAUGACUCAAAAGGACUUUUUAUACAUUUAAUAAAUUAUUUAUCGCUUAAACUGUAGGAACCGGCUCCAACUGCUACUGUUGGUGCAUAUUAGUUAUUAGGAAAAGACAUUCACCCAAUACCAUGAGUUAGUCAUGAAAGCAGUAAAAAUUCCUGAGGUAUCUGGAUAGUUUAAGCAGAGGCCGCUUCAGUCGUUCACAAGUGUUAGAAAUUCCUCACAGAUUUGUAGCAACUGUGCCAGUUUUUUUUUUUUUUUUUUACCAGUUGGAAAAGUUUUCCACCAAGUCUACACUGAACUACCAAAAUCUGAAGAUGACAAUAGAUGCAAUGUAAAAUAAUGAGGCCCAGGUGAGUCUAAAUGUUUAGAAACGUUUAAAUCUGUAUGAUUUAAAAAAAAAACAAAAAAACAAGUGGUUAGAAAGCGUUGAAGGACUCUAGUGGUUGCUUCCAGCUGCGAUGGUUAGAGGUGUCCAGAAGAUGCAGGACUGUGGAGCAGAGGCCUCAGAGCUUAAAUAAUUCUUGGUGAUGACAUCUGAUCUACAGCCAGUCUGACCUUUCUGGAUUUCGAAUUCAUCUCUGUUAACCUUUAGACCUCUGAGGUUUCGACCCUCACUGAGUUUUGUCCCACGCUGCAGUAAUUUGUUUGCAGACAGCCUAAAAGAGUUUCUAUUCCGGUAUCAACAUGCAACAUAUGAGUGUUAACCUAGCAGGUGGCCUCGAAGCCGCUGAUGCUAUUUGGACAUCGUCUACCACCUGCUUACCAAAGGCAGUCAUGAUGUGGCACAAAGCACAGCAGACUAGUGAUGUCAUGGGAGCCGAACAAGGCUUAGAAGCCCCUUAUCCCAAAAUAAUGAAUCUGGACACAUCCUAACAUCUCAGCUGGCAGAUCGUGUAGGAACUGCAGGAAAUAGGCCUCUCUAAACUGUGACUUAUUAAAAAUGUCUGUUAGCAGUCAUUGUUCAUUGUUAAAUAUCUACUCAUCAUAAUGGCACUAAAGGCUGACUCAGUGUGUAUACUCCAUGCCUGAAGGUUUCAGUGGAGUGGAGUUUCUCAGUCAUGGUUGUCCGUGUGCUUAAUGUUGUCUUGUGUCUGUAAGUGAGGCAUUUAUCUCCUAUCCUGAACCACGUUUGGCACAGAGGUCCUGUCUGUAAAAAUCAGCUCCAAAAUGGCCUUGAAACUUUUCGCUCCGGUGCACGCGCAGCACGUCUGCCUGUUCACUGAGGAUUUCCAGAAGGUGCUUUGUAUGAAAGUGACAAUAACCUUUAUUACAGAUGUUGUGUAUAUCUUUGAUAUUCUGAUGUUUAUCCUAUUUUGUGAAGAAGAGAGAACAUUUAGAAAAAAAGCCAGAAACUAGUAAUAUGUGUGUAUUGGUAUUGCACAGGGUCUGAUCUUUGCUUUGUAACUUUUAUCCCCCUCAUAUGGCUAAAAGUAUGUUAGAUAUUUUCUAGCUUUGUAGAGACUUUGUAUGCAUAUGCUAUUCAGUUUAAAUAAAUUGUCAGUUCUAA